GAAACGUGUUGAUUUCGCAACUUCUGAUUCGCCUACUCUCUAUUCUUCAAAUAUCAGCCUUGUCGGCUGCAGCCAUCAACUUCAUUAUCUCGCCGUUCCUCGUGAAGCCCUUUCCUUUAUCAUAAUAUAUAAUUCGUUGAUAUAUCAACAUGUAUAGUACCACCAUAUUUACUACGCCGCAACAAAGACAGGAAGCCACUGUAUCCAGUGAUUUAUUUCCUGAUUAAAAUAAUGAGAGAUAAAUUCAGUCAACAUUUUGAUGUUACCCGAUUGCUUGGCUAUCAUCUAUUCACUCCUUGAUAAAGCUGGGUGUCCUCGUGGGCAUUCACAAUGCACCUCUACUUCAAACCGCUUGAAGAUUGAAAGUACGAUAAGACAGGCAUAGAGAACGAAAAUCUCUAGUACUUUAUAAUCACCAAAAGAUGGCGAAUACUAAGCACUCAAGAGAAGCUGAAUCCAAACCAUCGAUUCCCGCUGUACUUCAUACAACAUCAGGUGGAAACGCUGUUUGGCACAAUUUCCACAAUGAUUUCGCCCACAUCCAAGAUCCUAAUGAGAGACGAAGACUUGCUCUAGCAGAAAUCGAUCGCGCUCCAUUUGGAUGGUAUCAUAUUCGCGCCUGUGUCGUUGCCGGCAUUGGUUUCUUUACCGAUUCCUAUGAUAUUUUUGCCGUUGGUCUCCUCACCUCUAUGCUUGGAAUAGUUUAUUUCCCGCAUAAUAAAGGAGUCAUGCCGACGACUUCAGACACUGCAAUCAAAGUUUCCACCAGCGCCGGCACGGUGGUGGGACAAUUUGGAUUUGGAGUUUUGGCUGAUAUUGUGGGACGGAAAAAGAUGGUAUGUGGUUCUACAGUGGUUUAAGCCACAAAACUUAUUUCUCUUCUUAGUAUGGCCUGGAAUUGAUCAUCAUCAUUUUUGCUACUUUGGCACAAGCUCUAGCGUCGGGCUCGCCGGCUGUGGAUAUUGUCGGAAUUAUAAUAUUUUGGCGUGUCAUUAUGGGUAUUGGUAUGUUCAGGUUUUUGGUAUCACGUAGAAAGGAUUAGACUGAUACAGUUAAUAGGAAUCGGCGGGGAUUAUCCACUCUCAUCCAUUAUUACAUCCGAGUAAGUAUCUAUUCCAUUAGCUUUUCAACACUGCGCUCUGAAGUGGAAAUUGUGGCCGAUGUCGUCGUUCAUUAAGAAUUGGAAAUUCAAAACCUCUUUUGGAACCCCAAUAAUGAUCUAGUCUUCUCCCAAAACUUAGAAUAAUCUAACAAGAACAUAGAUUUGCAACAACCAAAUGGCGUGGGGCAAUGAUGGGAGCAGUCUUCGCCAUGCAAGGAAUCGGACAAUUUGUCGCCGGCCUCGUCAUGUUAAUUGUCGUCGUCGGAUUCAAAGAAUCCCUCCUCACAGCCAAAUCCGCAGCAGUAUGUCAAGGGGUCUGUGGAUUAGCAGUCGAUAAAAUGUGGAGAGUACUCAUUGGAUUUGGCGCCGUCCCAGGUAAAUACUCCUGACUUUAGCGGGAAAAAAUAUGGGUCGAAUAUCCACUAAUACUCGCCUAGCAUGCGUGGCACUCUACUACCGUCUCACGAUUCCCGAGACCCCGCGAUAUACAUUCGACGUCGCUCGAGAUGUCGAACAGGCCCAGCUAGAUGUUGAAGCGUAUAUUGCCGGCAAAGCCGAGGGACAUCCCGACGAAAUAUCACGUGUACGGGGCCUUCAAGCCGGCAAGCAACUGAUGAAAAUCCCGAAAGCAAGCUGGUCCGAUUUCAUCACCUAUUAUUCCAAAUGGAAAAAUGGAAAGAUCCUCCUCGGUACAGCAGGCUCCUGGUUUCUUCUCGAUGUAGCUUGGUACGGAUUAUCCUUGAAUAAUCCUGUCAUCCUGACCGCGAUAGGUUAUUCGACUGGUCCAACGGUUUACAAGACGCUGCUUAAUACCGCGAUCGGGAAUCUGAUUAUUGUUUGUGCGGGUGCGCUGCCAGGGUAUUGGGUUACGGUGGCUACUGUUGAUACGCUGGGGCGGAAACUUAUUCAACUUAUGGGUUUUAUUAUCCUUACUAUCGUCUUUCUGGGUAUGGGUUUUGGGUACCAUAAGCUGUCUGGUCAUGGUUUACUCGGUCUCUACGUCGUGGCACAAUUUUUCUUCAAUUUCGGUAAGAAAACCACAUCCCCAUCCCUAUUUCUCCACCCAUCCCUCCUCCCAUUCCCAAUUUCCAGUUCCCUCCCUCCUCCCAUCCUUACUCCCCAAACCCCACUAACCCACACCCAGGCCCCAACACAACAACCUUCAUCGUACCCGGCGAAUGUUUCCCCACGCGCUACCGCUCCAGCUCGCACGGCUUCUCCGCCGGCAUGGGAAAAAUCGGCUCCAUAAUCGGACAAGCGGCCAUUGCACCCCUGCGCAUCAGAGGCGCGACCUCCAAACAUCCAAGUCCGUGGUUAAACCACGUGUUGGAAAUCUAUGCUGUGUUUAUGUUUGCGGGUAUUUGGACUACGCUGUGUAUACCUGAGACGAAGAGAAUUUCGUUGGAGGUUUUGAGUGGGGAGGAUUAUGGGGAUGAGGUGGGGGAGCGGGGUGGAGUGGCUAGGGUGGGGGAUGGAGGGUAGGGGGAGAGUGCGAGUGCGAGUGAGGAGCAGGGGAAGGGGGUGCAGGUUGAGGCGAAGAGCGUUUAGUGGUUGUGAGGUGAUCCGGAGCAAUUGCUGUAAUUGGUGAAUGGGUUUUCAGACCAGAAGAGUAGAUGGUUUGAUAUUAUGAUGACGAAUGAUACUGCUUCUGGCGCCUGCACGGUCUUUGCUUGAAGCUAAGGUAGAAACGAAGAAGUUCUUGACUACAAUUUUCAUAUGUGGAUGGAGGAUUUUAAGAUUACAAGGAAAUAAGAGCAGCAU